AUGUCAGAUUCAAUUGAUCGUGUGUUUGUUAAAGCAAUCACCACCAUUAGAGCAUUAUCGUCCCGUUCCAACUAUGGCUCAUUGCCCAGGCCGCCUGCAGAGAACAGAAUUAGAUUGUAUGGGUUGUACAAGCAGGCAACGGAAGGCGAUGUGGAGGGCAUUAUGCCCAGACCAAUUGGUUUCACCAUCGAGGACGAAGGGGCAAAGAAGAAAUGGGAUGCUUGGAAGCGUGAGGAAGGGAUUUCCAAAACGGAGGCCAAGAGAAGGUACAUUUCCUAUCUCAUCGAUACAAUGAAGAUAUACGCCAGUGGGACUUUGGAGGCAAGAGAGUUGUUGAGUGAGCUAGAGUACCUCUGGGACCAAAUCAAGGACCUACAAUUCAAUUCUGACGAAGAGAACGACCACCCUAUACCAUUACCAUCGCGGUCGCCUCUGUUCAGCCAGGCUGAUCAAUCGGACAAGUUCUCCACAGGUACCCCCAGCAUAGUGCCAAAUACUCAAUACCGAAACAAUUUACAGAAGAUAUAUUCCCAUUCCAGAAGAAGCACAAUGCUCUCAAUUAAUGACUACGUCAACCAACAACGUCAACAAUCCACUUCCGCUGCUGCUGGACAAGCUACUGGAAUUUCUGGGGUUGGCACCGCGUCUGUGUAUUCGUUGCCCCUUAGCGAAGCUCCAAGAUAUGGAACCCAGUCUGCGCGUUCAUUGCCUCGGAAUCCCAUCCAGAAUGCUCCAAACGUAGCUCCCGUUGCAUCAAACUCUUCUGGAGAGUUUAAAACAUGGCAGAAUGAGAUCAAUGCGGUUAUCAGGAAACUCUCUCAUGAAUAUGAUUCAAACAGAAGGGCCGAAGGAUUUAGAGGUAGCUUACCUGGAAACAUCCCUGAGGAUGACGAACAGGACUUAAACUCAAUUUUGAAGCUUAGGAUACUCCGUAUUUUGAGAAUUGUUGGAAAGAAUAGUCUUCACUUCUUGAAGAAUUUUUCCAUCAGUUUGUUGGCCAUCUUAUUUUUGACAUGGUUGGCGAAAAAGAACGUCAUAGUCAAGAGAACCUUGGUCGACGUUCCUUCUGCGGCUGGGGCUUCGAACAAACAAGCACAAGAGUUAGUUAUCAAUAUGAUAAUCAACACUGAUGAGAAUAAGUGGUUCAUCAGAUUACUUUCAUUCCUUAAUAGUUUUGUUGGUUUUGUCUAA